CUGGCGGCGGGGCGGGGUGGGGGCGGAGCUCGGGCCGCGCGGUUCCGGCCUUGGGGGCGGGGCCGCGGGCGCCGGGCCCCGUUCUCUUCCGGCCCAGCGUUCCAUCCGGCGCCGCCACCUUCCGCCCGGCGCCGGCUCUCGGCGCGACGGUCGCCCCGUUCCGUCGUGGUGCUGCCCUCGCGGCGCCGGAGCCCGCCAUGUCAGGCCCCAACGGGGACCUGGGCAUGCCGGCGGAGGCGGGCGUGGAAGGCGAGGAUGACGGCUUCGGGGAAGCAGAAUAUGCUGCCAUCAACUCCAUGUUGGACCAGAUCAACUCCUGUUUGGACCAUUUGGAGGAGAAGAACGACCACCUCCACGCCCGCCUCCAGGAGCUGCUUGAGUCCAACCGGCAGACACGCCUUGAGUUCCAGCAGCAGCUCGGGGAGGCUCCUAGCGAUGCCAGUCCCUAGGCUCUGGGAGCCUCCAACCAGCCCCAACCCUGUCUUCCUGGGCUAGGCUGUGGCCUGGGCACUCACCACCUGGCUUAGAUACCUUCUUAAGGGUGGGUCUGCGGGUCCCUCUAGUAGGUGUGCCUGCCUGGGCCACCCUUCUGGUACUUCCUUUGGCAUGCCUGGGCCAGCCCCCAACACCUGACGUCCCCUCCUGGGGUCAGGUGUGGGCCUGCGACCCACCCACCUUGCCUGCCUGCCCAAUUCCAGGACACUCCCCACUCUGCCCAGGCCUUGAGCAUCCACAUUAAAUGGGUCUCCAACAUCA